AUGAAACGAGACGCGGCAAGCGAGCGAUAUGAAAUUUCAUUAACAAGGGACUCCACAAGACGGCGAGCAAACAGCGCGCGUGAACCCACGAAUAAUUCACACGCGAGCUCUACAAAUAACGCUUUCACUCGCCCCCGAUGUCCUCCGCGCCCCUCUGGCCGCAAACUGAGUUAUUUAUCGCCCCUGCCGCCCCUCGUGCCCGAAAGACUGCCGCGGGGACAGGAAAUACCGGCACGUAUUUUUACUGCUAGCUGA